CGUGUUUUAAGUUUCGUGUUUACGACGAUAAAUAGUGAAAUUCUCAUUACAUUCGUACUUUUUUUAUCUUCUUGAAAUCGUCUCGGCCGCGUUUCCGACUUGCGGUGGCUCUGUGCUGCUGGCAAAAUGGCUGGAGUGCUAUGGCAUCGAUCGCUCCCGUUGACAGUAAUUUUUAGUCUCAUAUUCAGUAGUAUUCGGGCUGAACUUUUCACAGCUGUUGUGGAGUUGGAGAAUCUUGUAUACAGAGAACGAGAAAUGAGAUUCGAAUUGGAGAGAUAUCUUAGUUUAGAGCAAGAGCGAUUGUCCAAACUCAAGAUGUUUCUCACGAAAGUUAAUGCGGCUCAUGAACUGGUCGGUGACGAUGUUUCCCGUUAUUUGGGACAUCCUGUGAACUCUUAUUUAGAAAUCAGGAGAUUUUAUAAAGAAUGGCCUGAGGUUGAAAGAUUAAUUCAGCUGGAUAAUUCGGAGGGUAAGAUUUAUCUUAUGUAAAAGCUAAGUAGAAAUUUACGCCCGUUAUAUUUUUUAGCUCAUUUGGUAAGCUUUUUACUAAUACAGUGAAAUUAGCCUAUUAUUUCUAUACAACUCUGUUGGUUAUUGAUCAUUUCGUACUUAUCGGACUUCCUUUGAAUUCGCUCAUCGAUCAGCUGCUGAAAUAUGUUAAUUAUCCUUAUUUACAAAAACAAUGAACACUCUCAUGUCGAUUCUUCACUAAUCAGUGCAGUGUUAACUAAAAUUCAUUUCUUUAAGCUUAGAUAAUCGUUUAGAUAAUUUCCCCAAAUUAAUACAUUUAAUAAUGCAUAGGCAAUUUGAAACGUUUUGAACGCUGCAGUGUAUUAAAAAAUCACCAAAGUUAUUAUCUUAGUUUCGUUACACCAUCUUGCAUACGUGUCAAUUAUUCCGUUCGCUGAAAUUAAAAUAAGGCUUGACAACAUAAGGGUAACUUACCAACUGAUUCUAGCCCUCUAGGUGAAUCUGGCGAAUGAAUUCUUCACAGAUACCCUAUUUAAGACGCUAAUAUUAGCGGAACUGAGGUUACAUAUAUCUCCCUAACAUGGCACCAGAUGAAUUUUCGACCCGUUGAAAAUUCUUGUGUCUAGCUAGGUGUUCCUUUCACAGGGAACUACCUUUUAGAUGCAUAGCCAUUGAAAGUUUUGUGUGAUCAGAGUGAAAAUAUUGAAUGGUCCCUUGUGAAUUAAGUGUCCAGUCAAAUUUUUCAGCCAGCGAAUAAUUUGUUCGGUGCCAUUAGUUGAAUGACCCUGAAUACCUAUAGACAAAAGGACCUUGAAGACUGUUAACCCCGUUUGCCCCAACUCCCUCCUGGCUUCCUGGGGUCCAGGAGGGACUUCAACUACAGUGAAACAUGUAUUAAGCAGACACCCUUGGGGAAUGCUGUAGUGUCUGCUUAAAAAUACAGGGUGUCCGGCUAAUACAGGUUUCGAUAGAUAACGUCAUUUGAGGUGUCAAAUGCCACUCAAAUGAACAGUGGAAACAUUUAGCUGUACUCGCAGAGACUAUGACGAUAUACAUUUGCAUAAAUUUAUUUAUUUAAGUGGACCAGUUGAUCAAAGUACCAUAAACAUAGAUUGCAACUCAAAUUUGAAGAAGGAUGAGUGAAACAAGCUCUUUACAAACAAAACGAAAUAGAAAACAAUACUGUACUGUGAAACUCAUCAAAUAAGUUCGUCAAGUCACGUUUUUUAAUGUAAAAAUUGAAAAAUUUGUGGAUGGCAAUCUUUCGCAUUUCCGGUGUCUGGCAUGUUUGGUGGUGGAAUUUAAUUACAAGUGUCCAUUUAAUACAGGUUGGUAACAAUAGAAAUGACCAUUUCAGGUACUUUUUAGGUGUCUGUGUCCGCUUAAUAGAGGUGUCCGCCUAAUAAAGGUUUCAUUUAAAGUAAAUAAGGGAAAUACAUUUGGGGACUUCGGCUACUGUCCGCUUAAUAGAGGGUGUCCGCUUAAUACGGUGUCCGCUUAAGACAGGUUUCACUGUAUUGAUAAUUUCAUAUCUCCAUUAGAACUGAUUAUGCAAUCAGUGCACGGUGGCCCCUGGCACCCAACUUUUGCCCCCUGGCGACUAGAAAUUCUUAGAUUUUUCAUAGAAAUCAUUACCCUGCAAGCAGAGUCUCCUUCGUCCGACUUAUCUAGGAAGAUUGAAGGAGACUCUGCUCGCGGGGUAAGGAAUCAUAUGCUGGGUACCCAGGAUUUCACAGGUUCAGAGCACUGGGCCCCCUUCAGGUUUUCUUAGAGCACAGCCUUGUGCAAGUUGAGGAGUUUAAAGCUCCUGUCAAGAGGCAAUGGUUGAUUCGUUCUUUGCACUUCUGUUAAUAUUUAUACAUUAUUUUAUCACUUUGAUCUUUUACUUGUAGCUGUGAGCGAUGCGAUAGCAAAGCAUAAAGAAUCUUUCCCAUCUAAAGAAGACUAUGAUGGAGCAAUCACAGCACUUCUGCGUCUUCAAGAUACAUAUCAACUUCAGCCUUCAGCAUUUGUUCAGGGCAAGUUGCCUGGUUCUGUACCCUCACCAAAAAUGCAUUUGAGUGAAGUUUAUGAUGUGGGUAGACAUGCAUAUCUGAACAGCGACAUGUUUUACACCAAGUCNUUAAAAUAAGGCUUGACAACAUAAGGGUAACUUACCAACUGAUUCUAGCCCUCUAGGUGAAUCUGGCGAAUGAAUUCUUCACAGAUACCCUAUUUAAGACGCUAAUAUUAGCGGAACUGAGGUUACAUAUAUCUCCCUAACAUGGCACCAGAUGAAUUUUCGACCCGUUGAAAAUUCUUGUGUCUAGCUAGGUGUUCCUUUCACAGGGAACUACCUUUUAGAUGCAUAGCCAUUGAAAGUUUUGUGUGAUCAGAGUGAAAAUAUUGAAUGGUCCCUUGUGAAUUAAGUGUCCAGUCAAAUUUUUCAGCCAGCGAAUAAUUUGUUCGGUGCCAUUAGUUGAAUGACCCUGAAUACCUAUAGACAAAAGGACCUUGAAGACUGUUAACCCCGUUUGCCCCAACUCCCUCCUGGCUUCCUGGGGUCCAGGAGGGACUUCAACUACAGUGAAACAUGUAUUAAGCAGACACCCUUGGGGAAUGCUGUAGUGUCUGCUUAAAAAUACAGGGUGUCCGGCUAAUACAGGUUUCGAUAGAUAACGUCAUUUGAGGUGUCAAAUGCCACUCAAAUGAACAGUGGAAACAUUUAGCUGUACUCGCAGAGACUAUGACGAUAUACAUUUGCAUAAAUUUAUUUAUUUAAGUGGACCAGUUGAUCAAAGUACCAUAAACAUAGAUUGCAACUCAAAUUUGAAGAAGGAUGAGUGAAACAAGCUCUUUACAAACAAAACGAAAUAGAAAACAAUACUGUACUGUGAAACUCAUCAAAUAAGUUCGUCAAGUCACGUUUUUUAAUGUAAAAAUUGAAAAAUUUGUGGAUGGCAAUCUUUCGCAUUUCCGGUGUCUGGCAUGUUUGGUGGUGGAAUUUAAUUACAAGUGUCCGUUUAAUACAGGUUGGUAACAAUAGAAAUGACCAUUUCAGGUACUUUUUAGGUGUCUGUGUCCGCUUAAUAGAGGUGUCCGCCUAAUAAAGGUUUCAUUUAAAGUAAAUAAGGGAAAUACAUUUGGGGACUUUGGCUACUGUCCGCUUAAUAGAGGGUGUCCGCUUAAUACGGUGUCCGCUUAAGACAGGUUUCACUGUAUUGAUAAUUUCAUAUCUCCAUUAGAACUGAUUAUGCAAUCAGUGCACGGUGGCCCCUGGCACCCAACUUUUGCCCCCUGGCGACUAGAAAUUCUUAGAUUUUUCAUAGAAAUCAUUACCCUGCAAGCAGAGUCUCCUUCGUCCGACUUAUCUAGGAAGAUUGAAGGAGACUCUGCUCGCGGGGUAAGGAAUCAUAUGCUGGGCACCCAGGAUUUCACAGGUUCAGAGCACUGGGCCCCCUUCAGGUUUUCUUAGAGCACAGCCUUGUGCAAGUUGAGGAGUUUAAAGCUCCUGUCAAGAGGCAAUGGUUGAUUCGUUCUUUGCACUUCUGUUAAUCUUUAUACAUUAUUUUAUCACUUUGAUCUUUUACUUGUAGCUGUGAGCGAUGCGAUAGCAAAGCAUAAAGAAUCUUUCCCAUCUAAAGAAGACUAUGAUGGAGCAAUCACAGCACUUCUGCGUCUUCAAGAUACAUAUCAACUUCAGCCUUCAGCAUUUGUUCAGGGCAAGUUGCCUGGUUCUGUACCCUCACCAAAAAUGCAUUUGAGUGAAGUUUAUGAUGUGGGUAGACAUGCAUAUCUGAACAGCGACAUGUUUUACACCAAGUCCUGGAUGGAUGAGACUUUAAAGUUGUACCAUGCAGGAAAUGAGCUUGAGGAUGUAAACCUGUUUGACAUUUAUGACCAUCUCUCAUUUUCAGAGUACAAGGUGAUAUUUUAUUGUGAAGACAGUGUUUUUUGAUGCUUGUAAUGAAUAUACUAGUUUUGCAAUUCCAAUAAUUAUUACUCAUGUACAGUGUAAAUGUUAUAAUAUUGUGUAGUUCCAGAAACUAUCCAACCCCCCCCACCACUUGCUUUAGACCCUCCACCCCCUUUGAAUUUCCAUUCCAGGGGGUGCUUGUCACACCCCCUCCCCCACCGCCUGUAAUUUCCAUAAAUUUUCAACUUGGUUAGGACCCUCUGGCAAGAAUAUUUGUGUCAAAAAUGUUGUUGCACAAUGUUAUGAAGUCACACACUCAAGAUACAUUUAACUUCGAACUUCGUUGCCCUCCAUGAGGGAGGGGGGUAUAGAUAUUUUCUGGAACUACACAUUGUUGAAAAGUCCCUAGAGCAUUUGCAUUGUAUUUUUGGUAUAACAGUUACACCACAAAUACUUCCUCUUUAGGCAUUGCUCUCCGAGAAAAAAUUAGUUUUAAUGGAGCCCAAAAGCCAUAAACUGUUGAAAUCCAGGGUGCUGAGGAUAUGUAUUUGGAGCAAACAAAAAAGAUUUCCUGGUCACCCCAAAGCAAAAGUAUAUUACGACCAGGAUCUGCCUGUUCAGUAUUCAAUACAGGCCAAAAAUAUCUGACUAGAAAUAAAUUCUGACCAGUGCGGGUAAGUUGAGAAAAUACCAUACCGUAAUAUUCCGAAAAUAAGCCCCUCUGUGUAUAAGCCCCUCCAAAUAUAAGCCCCCUAAACUUGUAAUGCAAAAAACCCUCCGUUAAAUCACCCCUCCAAAUAUAAGCCGCCCGGGGGCCUGUACUUGGAAAUUGCCCUCAAAUACAAAGUAAAACAAAGCAAAAACGGUAAAUUUACUUCCAACUAUAAGGCUAGCCCGAUCGAUUUUGAACACAAAUUUCCCUCCCGUAGAUAAGCCCCUCCGAAUAUAAGCCCCUCCAAAAAUAAGCCCCUCAAAAAGGGCCCUUGAAAAAUAUAAGCCUCAGGGCUUAUUUUUGGAAUUUUGUGGUAGUCCUGGUGCCUGCAAUGACAGGCAUUUUGGCAAUCAUCAAAGACAUUUUAGUAGAAAACAUAUUGUCAGUUGAUGGUAUCAGGAAACUUUUAUAAGUUGUUGCAUCAUUAUGGUUACUGACUGUGUCAUUGGUCACUUGUCAAUGAUGUCAUUGGCUUUUAAGACUCAAAACGUAGGUGAUGAUCUGCUUCAAAAAGUCUUUUAAUGUCACCUUUCUAAUAACGUAUGUGGUAUGUCAAACUUUUCAAGCUACAUGUAGAAUUAAUGCCAGAAUGUUCUGCAUGGUUAGCUUCCAGUGCAUAAUAUAAAUAUAUUAUUUUAUAAUUCUUAACUGUGCUUUCCACUAACAUAUAAAUUAGUGGCUGUCAGCAUUUCAAGUUGAUCUCCCAUUGUUUGGUCAUUUAUUAUUUGGAUGAAAUUUGCCUGUAUUUUUGCAUGAAGCUUUUCAAUAAAUUACUGACUACAUGUACCCUUUUCAGAUAGAGAUUUUUCCCCUUUGUUUACCCUUAAUGUGGCAGAAAACAACUCUUUGAAUAUUACAUCUUGAUUUGCAGUUUUGUCAGAUUGUUAACGAUGCAGUUAUUUAUAUCCAAUGGUUUUCUUUUCAUUUUCAGCGAGGAAACCUAAAAAAGGCCUUAAAUUACUCUCAGAAGAUGGUUGAACUAGGUAUGUGUUUAUGGUUUAGCUACAAACCUAAUGGCUUUGUUCUAUCUUCAUUAAAUACCUGGAGGGGGGGGGGGGGGGGUACUUCCUUUUAAGCGGCUAAUGGGGUUGGGCGGCUGGCUGGGGCCCCUUUUUCACAACUGGCCGGACUAAAACAAAUGUGGGGGGGGGGGGGGGGGAGGGUACUUCCUUAUAAGAGGCUAAUGGGGAUGUGCUGCUGGAUGGGGUCACAUUUUCACAACUGGACUGACUAUAAAUAAUGAGGUCGCAUUUUCAAUGGAGUUACUAGAAUGGGGUCGUACAUUUUUGGAUUUUUGGGGGUAAGACAGUUCUUCAUAUUCAAGGUUAGCAAACGUACCAGAAUGUUUGUACUGCAGUAGAUAAAAAGUAAAGUGUUCUUCAUUCAAUCUAAGAAGAUGGGUCUAUUCGUAAAAAUAUUGAAAAGGGACUAAGACAGUUGGGAUUGCCAAUAUUACAUAUUUGCCCAAAAGUGACUAAGAUGGGGUCUAUAAUUAGCCACAGAAUAGACUGUUAUGGAGUAGGGGUUCUGAGGGACCGGUAGCACAUACCCAGCAAAAAUUAACCCAAGUAUCCCUCCCCGGGAUUAAAUAACUAGUUUCCUGUUUGAAAAAGGUAGUUGCAACCAUAGGUACCCUUACCAAUAUACUUGUAUUAUAUGGAUGUAUAAAUCAAUAUAGGGAUCUUUAUAGAGGCUGAAAGAUUUUUUGGUCAGGAUGUCUUGCAUUGAUCUUGUGUUCUGUUUAGACCCAACACAUGAAAGAGCACAAGGCAAUGUAGAGUACUUUGGGGAAGAAAUAAAGAUGUACAAAGGGACAGGUCGCAGAGGUGAUACAGGAGUUAUCACAGAAACUAAAGUGAAACCAAGGAAUGAACGAACUAAUUUUCAUCGAAGUUCAUCUUUCCAAAAUUAUGAAAGGCUAUGUCGCGGUGAGGUCAGAAAUUUGGUGAGUGUUUGACUUACAGGGAAUCUAAUAAGCUAUAUAGUUUCCCUACUGUUGAGACAGUGUCCUUCAUUUUGUGGGCACAACAAAGAGGCCCUGCCAGGGUAAAUUCCGACAAGCAACAUGGCCCAAAAAGUAGCGACAGCGCGUAAAAUGAAAUCACGACAAGAGACAACCUCCCUUGGCCAAAUUUCGACAGUGACAGCAAAGCUGACAAUAAGCGACAAGCAUUUUUAUACACUGACAUGAGACAUUUUAAAAUUCAGCUGGGCGACAUGCCCCCCCCCCUCCAGCAGGGCCUCAACAAAAUGUUUGGUGAUGUCAGUUUGACAGAGGAUAAUUAAUUCUCUAUCAAAAUGUCAGGACUACCUGUCAGAAAUUUUUAAAAGCACCCCUUAGUGGCCCCAGAAUCUUGCUUUCUGGGUAUGACUUAAAUUUAUUUUCACCCCCUAUGUAAUAUGUACAGCUGUACCAACUCAUUAACAACAAAUCAGUCUAUGAUAGCCUGCCGGCUGGCGGCUUGGUUAUUUUGGCAGAGGAGCUGCAAAGCCAUGUGAAGAAUAAGGAGACCCUUCCUCUGCUUGGCUGUUAUACAUGUAAUUUGUUUAAACUUGCAUGCAUUCAUAAAAGACAAGUUAUACAGCAGGCCCAGGUUGUUCAAAAGAUGGAUAGCACUCAGCGUGCAAAGAAAAGUCGUGUCCGAUAGCCAGGGGCUAGUGGAUUUUGCUAUCUGUCUAGUGAUUUUUGUUCUUAACUUGCCUGAUGAGCAAGUGCUGUUUUUUGGGAAAUUCAAAUUACAGAAGGAUUGUAAUCAAUCCUGCUCAUCGAAAAGGGUUUUGGGGGUAGCUGAAAUGACUUGUGGGCUAGUACAUGCUAGCUACAGCUUGCCUGAAUGGCAGGCUGUAAAACUGACCUUCUUUGCACCCUGGUACUAUCCACUGGAUGAAUCACUAUCCAGUGGGUAGAGAUUUAUCUGAUGGAUAGUGUAAUAUCCACCUUGUGAACAACUGGGGCCACUUGUAAUUUUCUUGUGCCCUCUGUGCCAGCCUCUGGCACUAAUGCUGCUUUGCCACCAAAAUUCUCAGUCGAGCAAAGACAAUUCUGCCUGCUAUGCAGGCUAAAUGGUGGCAGAUUUGUUGAGGGUUAGUACCUGGCCCUCCAGGUUGGGGGCUAUAAGCAUGAGGCUAGUCACCCCUUGGUAUAAAACUACUUUGCUUUCAAAUACAGGAACAGUAAAUAACUUUAUGGAAGAAAGAUGAAUUCCUGUCCUAUUCCUUACUAAGAGAGUAGGUACCAGGGUUUUCAGUAACAUUUGGAAUUACCGGAUGCAGAGGUUUACAUGUAGCUGCUUGACUUGCACCGUUUGUGCCACAGGUGCAAACGUUGAGUGCCAGAGGAGCUUUUUUGAAUUGGACUCUCUAAAAUGCAAUUUCCCUGCAAUUGGUUAACUGGGAAGGUCUUUUUUUCUUUUAAAAAAAAAAUGCUCGCAAAAAAUUGUAUGCUUUACAUAACUAUAUAUAAAAAAAACGAUUUUCACACAGUCUUAAAAAAAAUAAAGAUUUUCUGUGAACUACCAGAUUGUAAAUGUCAAACAACUGGACGUUGUGUGUGGCAUCCGGCCUCAAACGAAACCCCUGGUAGGGACUGAUGAUGAUAGAAAGAUACUAUGACCACUCCCACCAUUUUUUUUGGGAAUUCUCCCUGACACUAUUAUAGAUAGAACGAACGGCACACCAUACAAAAAGAUUUGAGGAACUUGCUGAGCAAAGGCAGUACCUUCUUUCUCAGUUAUUUUAAGGGCAUCUGUAUUGGUCCAGCACUCUUGUUUACUUACAUUAUCCGUUUUUUUUUUUUUAAGAUAAUAUUUUGUUAAAUAAAGAAUCAUAACUUACAGCUGUACAUGUAUGAGUGAGAUGCGAUCAAUCAACUUUUAAUUUUGUAUUUAAUUCAAGGAGCUAACAUGGUCUUGUUAGCCAGCGUGGCAGGAUGUUGAAGGUGGGUGCAUGACAAUACAAAGUGCCCCCUUCGCCUGUUAGCUCACCCAAAUUCCACCUUCCCUUUCCCCUUUGAACGCGUGCCACACAGGGUAACAUGGCCAUUCUCCAUUAGCUUGUUCCAGGCGUUCAGUUAGUGGAGAGCAGCACAAAAUGCAAAGCAGUGGAAGAAAGAAAGAGGGAGGGAGAGAGAGGAGGGAACACCGUUACUUCUUUCCCUACCCCCCACCCCCUUGCUGUUUUUCCUGCUCACUUUUCUUCGUGCUGUCCCCACUAUCUGAGCACCUGGAACAGGCUAUACUCCAUAAAUUUUAAAUGCAAUUCUUAUCUUCAUUGUUUCAUUCCACUCAUGGGUUAAGAUGAACUCAACAAAAUUGGCCUGCUCCCAAUGUAUGGGUCUUCAUAGCUCAAAUUAUUGGUAGAGCACUGAAACGCUAACGCAGAGGCCAUGGGUUUGAAUCCCGUUGAAGUCCCGAAAUUUUUUUUCGGGUUAAUUUGCAAUUACUUAAAUUGCAAUUACCACUGCGAUGAUCAUAUCUUCAUUUGAACUUUGUGCGUAUUAUGUAUUUUUGUUGUCAGACUAAAUGGGAGGAAAGUAAAAUGCUCUGUUGGUACUAUAAUGAUCCUCCCAGGCUGAAGAUCAGACCCGCCAAGAUUGAAAGAGUAUUCGUGAAACCUGAGAUUUUUCUAUUCCGUGACAUUUUAUCAGAUGUGGAGAUGGAAGUAAUAAAGGAGCUGGCAGCACCAAGGGUAAUGUACAGUUGUUGUUAACUUUAUAAAUUCAAUUCAAGAACACAUAGCUCUAUUGAAUGGAAUAUCUUGAUUACUGGUACCUGGUGAUACCCUGAAUUAUAUUUUGGGUUUACCAUUAUUUGUCAUAGCUGUAUAGGCAUUGCUUUUGGAGUCAAGACUCCUGAAAAGUAUACAGCGGAACUUUGAUAUUAUGAAGAACCAACGCCCUGGAAAAAUCGCUCAUUAUUACAACAGUUUGUUUAUUAUAUUGGGAUCCUACGGCAUUCAUCAUUUAAUUGACUUUACUACAACUUGGGCGCAAAUGUCCUUCAUUAUGAUGGAUGGUUGUUUUUAAGGGUCCAUUGUAAUUCCUUGCUCCAGAAGCUUGGUUAAUGAUUAAUAAGUAUGGACUUUUGCGGGGUAAAACAUUUCUACUCUAUCACAAGGUCCUCCUCAGUUACCUAUGACCGAAUCUAAGGACGGUCACGUGAUGGACAAUCACGUGACUGAAAAGUUUUCGUGGCUGACGAAGUUGUUGUGGUGACUUUUUCACAUCAUUAUUGACACAGUCCCUUCGAUUUUUAAUUACAUAGCCAUCGCUCCUUAGCUGUUAAGACUGUGUAUGUACAGAGAACAUUCAGUAAUUCUUUUUUUUUAAUUCCAACUGAAGCGAUUGAGAAAUUUGUGGUACUCGUGUGGAGGAAAUAGAUUCUGUUGCGAACUACAAAUGGAAAUGAUUUCGUUUUUAGUCUUUUUGGAAAAUACUUAAUAGAGUUCUCACAUUUUGGUGGCUAGCAACUCUUAAACGUAGAACCACAAAUGCAACCAAAAGUUAAGUUUCACUAGUUUUACUUAAUUGACUGGUAAAAUUAUUCGGAUUUAUCACUAACAUUGUAACAGUGUGAUGUUACACAGAAGUUUUCUCUGUUGGUCACUCUUUUGGCUUAUCCAGUGUCGUACGCAUUCUUUUUUUAUGUCGUAACGCAACGUCUCUCCGAGCAAUGUGUUACGUGACGACGCAAGGAAGGGUUGCGUAGCCGUGAUUUGGCUAUGAUUUGGACAUCAUGUAGCGCUCCUUCCAAAACCAGCAGCAUUGUGUGAAAAGCCUGUCAGUCUUGGAAGACCGUCUUUUGCCCUAACCUCCCAGUUCGAAAAGAAGUCAAGAUCAAAACCAUGGAAAAUACCUAAACUUCAUGGACACCCCUAAAACAACUGCACAUGACUGCGACUAGCUUUCAUUAAAGAUGGUUACAUUAAGGAUUUUCGCCACAUACUCGAAAAGUAAGAACAACCUUGUGCAGCACUACUUCGCCAAAAGCGUCGCAAAAUAAAGUUUCAGCUACACGAGGAUUUCACCCGCAGAUUCAAUGGUUACAACUCUUUUGUCCCCUAUGAAAUUGCAUCUCUUAUCUUGACAAGCAAUUAUAGCCAGAAUUUCAGCCGUCUCCUCGAGACGCAAACUCACGAGAAAGACCUCCCUCGGGAGCUUGCGUUUCGCCUAAAGGAGACGGCUGAAAUUCAGCCUACAAAAAUCGAGGAUCGUAAAAGUCUUUAAAUCCUUCAUGGUUUCUGAGUACCGCAUUGAUAUGUGAAACGUUAAAUACAUCCUUAAAAAGUUGUUGGCAAUGGUGGUGCCCCUUUAUUAAAAAAAGAAUGAAUGUUGCCAGGGCAGCAGUGGGCGUGAAAAAGGUAUGAGGUUCGCUCCCUCGCCUAAGAAUUCAACGACUGCUCUAUUAGGCUAAUUGGAAACUGAUCUCAUGUCAGACCCUUCACUGGGUCAAUAACGGUUAUAUGUUGGCCUUAUCUCAAUCAGCUUCGCCGAGCUACAGUGAGAAGUCCAGUAACUGGUGAACUUGAACAUGCUAGAUACAGAGUUAGCAAAAGGUAUUAUUCAUCUCUUGUAAUAUUAAAGUUCCUACGAAGUGAUUUUUUUGGCAGUUUUUUGUAUCUUACAAUUGUUGCACACCGAUUUGUCGAAAGUAGUUUGCCGGAGAAAUGUAUAAGGCAACUUUGGCAGUUCACUUCAGUUCAGUUCAGUUUGGAGACAGCUGAAAUUCUAAUUUACCAUAAAAAUCGCUGACAACCUGUUGUCCUCCAUGAGCCUUACUCCGCUUUCCUCCAAUGAAAUCAUCAAAGACCCUUGGGGAUCGUGCUUUUAUGUUCGCUGCCCCAAAGUUGCGGAACAGCCUAACACAGGACUCAAGGACAACCACAAGUCUAUCAUGUUUUAAAAUUAAACUGAAAACGUUUUUAUUUUCCCAAGUUUUUUCAUGACGAGGUUCUUUAUUUUUAAUUGGAUGUACUUUUAUAAUAAUAAUUAUUUUUUAAACUUCUGUAAACGCUAUUGCAUGAGCAUUCAUAAGGAAAUUGCGCUAUAUUGACAAUGAAAGCCCAGCAAAUCUCGUUUUGGCCAAACGCGAGAAAUGCUCACUUUCUGACUCGACCGUUGGCCAGAUAAUAUCAAGGUUUUAAAAAAUGUCCUACGUAUUAGUAAAAUACCUCAUAGGCACUCCAAACCAUUCAUGCGAUUCAAAGGUACAUGCGUCUUGAUUCAUAGAAUUUUAAUUUCAUGAUCGUGAUUAUCGACAUACUCUGGUGCAUUACACCUUGACCUUAUACUUUCUCAGUGUCGCUUCUUGGGGAUUCUUUCAUCAAUUCACAACUUCAGAACUGUCAUUUAGUUGUCGAUUAAACGUUUGUUAUCCGCUGCAAAAUUUAUUACCUUAAAUCCCUGGUUAAUUGUAGUUUAAUCUCAGCCCCAUUGUCUGCUUGUGACAUUCAAAAUGUCUGUACCAAGAUACACAGACGACGCUUGUAACUAAAUUACUGCCAAGCCUGAAUUUUCUUAGGUAAUCUUUAAAGCUGGAAAGUUUAAGAGAUCAUUGUAGGAAUCACAGCUUAAUUACAACAUUGAGAUUAUCCUGCGUAAUGCCGUAGAACUAAUUUGAAGUUAUUAUUUACAACAUGAUAGGUCUAAAUUAAACAAGAUUAAGAGACUUUUUUCAGCGACAGUUAAAGUGAUGUUAGUGCUGUACAGGGUGGUUCUAACUUGAAAACUUAAUUAAGCGGAAAGUCAGGGACCUUUGCUGGUGUCCGCUUAAUGAAGUAUGCGCUGAAUACACCUGAAUUGCAUUAUGGGACGUUCGAUAUAUUAAUCUAACAUGACUCCGAGGCUUUAUGGACAAAGUUGCAAAUUUUUCACGACUUCAUUAUCUUGCAAUUCCCAGAAGAGACUUUAACACAAAGAAAACCAAACCAAAAAUAUUAAUAUAAAAAUCAUCAGAAAGCCUUAGAGUGAUGUUAGAAUUCAUGUAUCGAACGUGUGCUAUUGGCUUUUACGAAGGUGCGCUGGAAACUGGAUCAGAAUUCGUUCCUCAAAACAGUCCCAAUUUGACUGAACACCGAUUCAGUCUUGAGGGAAAUCUCAAAAUAGUAGUUAAGACUGUUUUUGAUACAAACGUGUCGUUUUGUUGCCACAUAAAACCUUUAAAGCGACCCAUAAAUUUUGCGCCUUUUUGUUUUUUAUCUCGUGUGAAAUUAUGUAGUUUGCCCGUGCUACAAUAAUUCUUGACGAUGGAACAUUAGAAGAAGCUGAAUAUAGAGUCAGUAAAAGGUUUGUAAACAGUGCACUAUAAAGUGGAUUGGCAGAUUGUGUUAAACACAAACUAAUCACGCUACCACAACUUCAUGUUUCCAUAGCCUUAAUUUCAUCCGAUUACUUCGAGUCGUUAUUACUUACUGAGGGAGUAAUAACGACCCGAAGUAAUCGGAUGAAAUUCAGGCUAAUGUUUCCACACAGAAUUAUUAUUUUCGUACAGAGCAAGUGAUUUUAUCAAAAGUCCAGUUAAGCAAGCCGUUUGUGUGAAAGCACAUUUUUACGAAAGUAAUACAUCAGCGAGCCUUUUUAUCUAUAUAAUGGUCUGUUAGCCCUUAAGUUCAUCCUGACUUGCUCGUGAUUGGGGACUGCUUAAUCAUAGAUCCUAAAUAUCCUUUCUGCGUCUUGCGCCGUAGAUGGCGUUUUCGCUACCGUGCAAAACUGUUCGCGGUCUCUCCCAAGAGUUUUCAUUAUACUGUUUCUCUUUACUUAGCGGAGAAGCAGAUAGUGGUAAUAAUGCAGUCGAGUAAUGAGGUAGUUUUAGAAAAUGUAGCGUAACGGAAAUUGUGUUAUGAUAUGUGGCUUUUUUAAAGGCAACGAGGUUUCUCCGGAAUCAAAUAUUUCUAUAGACACAUGGCACAUUGUUCAACAGAUAUGUGUUGCUUGACGAUCAUUUGUUUCUAUUUUAUCAAUUUUUAUCCAUGAAUUUCUGGAAUACACAUUUAAAAUAAAAGUCGGUAGAGGAAAAAAGAAAAGAAAGAAAAAGGAUAUACUAAGACCCACCAAAACGUUAAACAUACCAAAAGCCGUAUACAGUAUCUUAGUAUUAAAACGGAUUCGUUAUGCCACAGAAAGUAGAGUUUGAGGGGUUUUAUCUCAAACCAAGGUUAUUCCUCUGCCGGACCAAUCGCAAUGCGCGAACAAAUUCAAACGAGCCAAUCGGAUCUCGCAAUGAAUACAUGUAGCCGACUAUAAGCGCGGGAAAACGCAGGUGAUUUGGUGACAUUGGUUUUAGCUUGACUAGAGACACUUUCUGGAGGUAGUAUUAUUCAACAUUUGAGCCCCAAUAGUGAUCAACAUGUAACUUCUCGUAAUAUCACUUCGAAAAUCGUAAGGAAUGAAAAGACUGUUUUUUUUUACCUUUUUAUCUUCAGUUGUUUUCUGUAUUUCAGAGCAAGAGAUUCAUAUACAAAACACGUGAAAUACUUUUCAUAUACACGUGAAAUUCAUGUUUGUAUCAGUCCAUAAUUUAUUAAAAGCCGAAAAAGUUGUUCAAAAGCCUAUUUUAAUAUGCCUUAGAACUAAAAACCAAUAAUCAAAGUUGUACUUGUCCCAAGCCGCGCGAAUGUCGCGCUCCCCGGCCCGCCUCGCACUUGCUAUCGCUCGCCUGAAAAACGAGAAAAAAUAGGCCUGUUUUCGGGUCUUCAUCGUGACUUAUGCAUAGCAUAAAGUGCUAGAUAGUGUGUUACAGGCUAAGUCGCGUUUGUCUGGGAGAAUUCAAGAUUGUUGGAUGGGGUGGAUGAAAUCAUAAAGAAACGAAAUAUCAGUCGGAACUGGAUUCUUAAAAUGAAUGUUGACUGAAACCCGGAGAGAAUCAUUUGGGUACAUACUCCAAGCCUGGAUAAUCGCUUGCCAGAUGUACUUUUUAGGGAUACUUUACCACCCCGCCCCCAAAAUGAAAAUACAAAAAAACGGCUGAAAUAUAGAUCCUAAGAAUCCAGAUAUAAUGUAGACUUGACUUAGUGAAUCCACUCAGAAUGUUGCUUCAUGACCUGUAGAUUCUUAAUAGCCCAUUUUCGGAUUUGAAUAAACAAAUGCGAAAUCGGUGUUUUUGGAUAAUUCAUCUCAAAUGUCGAUGUGUCUUACUCAUACUCAUGUUAUUCACUGACGUUUCCAAACAGCUCCGCCGUGCAACCAUACAACACCCUGUGACAGGAAAACUUGAAUACGCUGCCUACCGCAUUAGCAAAAGGUUGGUUAUCAGCCCCAAGGUCCAACCCUAUUAUACAUCAUUUUUGUCAGAAAAAGGUACCCCUUUCGUGCACUCCACGGAAAUAUAAUAACCCUUUCGUCUUGACAUUUUAUGUAGUAACAUUAAGAAAGUGAUACAACCAUAUUUUAGUUAAAGGCCCUUUUAAAUACCUAAAUUACCAAUUUCCUUGCCCUUUCAUAUACCUUAACUUAAGAAAUCCCAACCCUUUGCCUUUUGUAUACUCAAAGUGUGAAAAAGGUAUCCCUAGGAAGUACAUGUAUCCCCCUGGGUUUGAGCCUCCCCGUAUAAAACGUUGCUAAGUAGCCCCACUCGGGGUUAUCAAUGCGAAUAUUAUGCUCGUAAAUAUAAGCUGACCCUAUACUAAACUUAUUUGAUUGUUUGAUCAACUGAUUGAUUGUUGAUUGAAAGAACGAAUGAGCGAGCAAUUAACGAAUGGAUAAGAUGUUGUAAAGCCCAGCGUUGCUUUUAUUCUAAAUUCUUAGGGUCGACGAUGACCAAAAGGCUAAUAUCUCUUUUCAUUUUUCACCUUAGUAAUAAUGAUUAUAAUUAUAUCAAGACGUUAAACUUAAAGAUGAAUAAACGUUGUAAUGAAUGAAUAAGGACGAGGAAAUGAAAACCGAUGUUUUAAAAUAUUAAUCGAAAUAGCAAUAACUGAACCUUAACCUAGGGUAAAUUGAAGUUUGUCGAAGCGAAAAGUGUGUGUGUUUUUUUCUUAAUUCUCGCAUAAAAGAACUUCCAACGCUUGCAUGAAACUAACGUUAUAAUAAUGCUUUUGCAGAUAUUUUGCACUACCGCCUACAAAUUAACCUUUUAAUGAAAGGCAUCCAUCACAUCUCUGAAAGUGAAGUGUGUUCAAUCAUUUUCGUUUUAGGGAAAAUUUGUGUUGUUUGUGACACAGUAAAGUGAAUUUUUUUUCAAGAAAACAGCAAACACUUAAAUCUUCCUUUUUUUCUUUUAUCCAAAAAUAAAACUAGAGAUGUUGUUGGAAUACAGAAAAACCGUGCAUGUGCUUAGAUUUCCUCAGUGGAUGCCUCUGUCUAACCUAGCUUCAACAGCUAAUCUACUGCCAAUCAUCAUGAGUAUGCUUCACGCGAAGUAGAGAGAACUAGGAUGCUGAACUAAUGAUACUUAAGGGCUAACCAUAACCUUUAUUGUGAACUAAUAGCAGUUUUCUUCAUACUGUCCUUCUUUGUUCUGUGUGAUUGUCAGAUGACGUGCUAGGUUUCGACAGCCGGGGCCAUGCAUCUUGGGUUGUUGAGAAGUGUCAAGCUACCUUCCGGGGAGGGCUAGAAGGGAGGCAAAAUAAUCCACAGUACACCCCUCAGUAGCUUGAUAACCUCUGGGCCAUUUGAUAAACAAGAAGCCUACGAAGCAAGCGUUUCCAGCGCUCAAACAGCUCUUUCAUUAAUGAGCUAGCCUUUGCAAAGGUGCGUCUGACGAUUUGUUCGCCCUUUGUCUUUUGACCUCCUGAACUGUAUCAGACUCAUUGACGAUUACGAAUUGCGGAAUUCGGUCCUUAUGUUUUAACUGAAUUUUGAGUUCAUUCUGUUCAAUGAUGCUCUCGGUACUUAAUACCGUAAAAUUCCGAAAAUAACCCCGGGGCUUAUAUUUUCCAAAGGCCCUUUUUGAGGGGCUUAUAUUCGGAGGGGCUUAUGUAUGGAGGGAAGUUUGCGUUUCAAAAUCGAUUUGGCUAGCUUUUAGUUGGAAGGGAAUUUACCGUUUUUGCUUUGUUUUACUUUGUAUUUGAGGGCAAUUUUCCAACUACAAGCCCCCGGGGGGCUUAUAUUUGGACGGGCGAUUUCACGGAGGGCUUUUUGUGUUACGAGUUUGUGUGGGGCUUAUAAUCGGAGGGGCUUAUACAUGGAGAUGCUUAUUUUCGGAAUUUUACGGUACAUCCUAAAUUUAGUAAUUUGUCGGCUAUCUUCCGUUGAAAGGAAUAUGUUUUAAUGUUUUUAACUGGAAAUCAAACUUUGACCUUGACAAGUGAAUGACAGUUCUGCGUACAUCUCUGUUUUUUUUGCAUUUGAUAUUUUAUUUUCCAUACUUACGUGGUCAGCAAUUCGUUCUCUUUCUGUUGAAAUCUCUUUCUUUUUUAACUUGUUUUUUCUUUUUUAAUAUAGUUAACAUUCUUCUACCCUUUAAAACCAUGCUUACUUAUUUGCCUCCUACCGCAUUUUCUUAUUUUGUUUAUUAUGCUAAGUUUAUUUUUUUGCCUAUUUGUGUCUUUUACUGUUGCAAGUGGCUGGUUAAAGGACACCGAUCACGAAUUAAUCAGACGAGUAAGUCGGCGUUUUGAAGACGUGACUGGUCUAACUAUGGACACUGCAGAGGAACUACAGGUAUAGAUCAUGAAAUUAUUAGAAAGUGAUGAAUAUAUGAAUCUCAUAUAUUUCUACCGCGGAAGGAAGAAGUGAAUGUAGAGAAGAUCCUCACAGUUAAAGACGCAACUUAUGCGUUUAUGAAAAGAAAGCUCGAAAAAAUAGUAAUCACUCUUUUGUCUUCCCUCCUCACGCGACAGACAAAGCCUUCAAUCCGCGAAUUUUAUCCACGUGAUCUGUGUCCAUGUUUUAUCUUUAGCUUGUCGACGUAAAAAUUGAGCAGAAGCUAAGGAUUAUCCUGCAUUCUUGGGAGGGGCGGGGGUCCUUGUGGAAGUGCCACUCCGUCACGUAAUCCCACUAACUGAAUCUCAGUUUACACGAUCAGCGGAGGCCUAUAACGCCUGUUCACCUCGUGCCUUCGCUUCCUCCGCCCGAAAAAAAGCACUUUUGACGGAAGCAAAUCUCUCCCAUACAAAAUCUUAGUAUCCGCUCCGACUAUAAAGGUCGACCUAUUAUUUUGUGAAGAUGUUGAAAGAACAGGAUGUUCUGUUGAAAGAAUACUUGUGAGAUACUUCUUUUUCCACUUAUAGAUUGUAAAUUAUGGCAUAGCUGGGCACUACGAACCGCAUUUUGACCAUGCAAGAGUAAGUAUUACUUUAAAAGUCUUACUGUGACGGCGGCGCGCGCAAAGAAAAAAAUUGGCUUAAUUAGGGAGCUUAAGCAAAGACGUUUUUGAGCGACGCGCGUCAACCGGAAGUGAGUCCUUCUCCCUUUUUACAUGCCUUGACUCUAACAAAUUUGUAUUAAUAAGUUUCUUUUCUUUUAUAAAGAGGAUUUACCCGAGAGUUUGAACCUAACCACUCCCCAGUGAUGCUAAAAGUCCACUUCCGGUUGACGUCCGUCGCUCAAAAACGCUGUUGCGUUAGCCCCUUAAUAUGGCAGCGCGGCACACCGGAAGUUGCGUUCAGUCCUUUCCGCGCGCUUUCCCGUGGUCAACUGGAGUUCACAUUCUGUUGCUAUAUCAACCUACUGAAACUAAUUACUUCAAAUCCUUCCACUCUGACACCUUAAAGUGACCAAAUAAAAACAUUUACGAAAAAAAAUCGUAUUUCUUUGUGUAGAAUCCUAAGAAAUAAACUUUACCAUGCAAAGUUCUGCCAAAGCGGUUUUUUGUGAAUUGUAACACCUAAGGAAUUUGCCCACGGAUUUCAAAGUAACAGUGACAAAUGUUCUUGCCAUAACUUGGUCUCAGAGUGGGAGGAUUAAGACAGGUGCUCAUAUAACAAGUUUGGUAGUUCCAUUUUUUUUCCUUUUUAAAAUACUUCUUUAGUUUAAAAACAAAUAAUAAAAUAAAAAAAUUAGGGCUGAACGACAAAUUUAAACUGAACCUACAAUUAUUUUGUAUGAGAUAAUUCUAACUAUGGAGUCGUUGGAGAUAAUCCAAAAUUGAAACCAUUCAAGUGAACACUACUUAGCAGUAAUUUCCUGUAGUACUGUUUAUAAUGCUGUAAAAGGGAUCUCUAGCGUAUUUUUUAAACCAAGUAGUCCUUUCCUGUCGUACCGUUUAUUACGGUGCACAAGGUGAUUCUUAACUUUUGAUUCUGGGGACGAAAUCCUAAAUUCUAAGCAUUUACAUAAAAGCUACUGAGUAGUAUUUUAGGGUGGGUGGCAACUGCCUGUGACAGAGUUAAGCAGUCUGUCAUACAAGGUGUUUUUAACCUUUUUAAUAUGCGGUCUUUUUUGCUUUUAUGCAUUUAUGUUUUUUCUCUCUCCAAAGGAACAUGAAGACAAGUUUUCAUCGCUAGGUACAGGCAACAGAAUUGCUACAGUCCUCGCUUAUGUAAGUCAUUAUUUAAAGAUUCAUACUUCUUUGUUAAUAUGUUGCAUUUGAGAAAGAUGUUUUUUUCACUCAGUGACAAAGGCGUCUCGAAGGAAAAAAUGACUCUCUGGUAACUAUGGUAACUAGUCCAGAUGCUCUACCACUGAGCUACAGAGACUCUUGGGUUUGCAUAACUGUGUCGAAUUCUCCCAACCCCUCUCGGCAAGGCUAUGCAAUCACGGAAAAGGUUUUCCAUUACUUUUAUAAAUUAAACUUCCCAAGAAAAAACGCAAAACUCUUGGUUAUGUAACUGAUUAAAAGAGAAAUUCACACCAGUCGUGAAAUCUUGGUCACGAAUUCUUGCACGCGUAAUCAGUUCUUGUUUUCCAAAAGAUAUGCUUUCCAAAUUUUGAAUUUUUCUCGCUUAAAAUGUCAGCUUAAGCGAAAAAAAUUGACACAGCAUGUUUGUAAAGAUUUUUCAAGUUUCACCCGACGAGGGAAUGGGUAUAUAAAGUAAACUUGUCGAGUUUUCAAUUCAAAACCUUUUUCAAAUUCGUGCUUUAGUGAUUAGCGCGCGAAAAGCAAAACAUCUUAACGUCACAACCAUGUUUAGAUGCUUUCCUGCACACACGCCUCUCGGCCAAUUAGAGGGCGCGUUCAAUCUUAGUUAUUUUAGAAAACUGAUGCAGUGCGCUUUGUUAUUCUAGAUGUCUGAUGUUGAGGCAGGCGGUGGAACAGUGUUUACACAAGUUGGUACAACGUUAUUUCCAAGCAAGGUAAGGUGAAAAAAUAGGAAGGUAUAACUUUGGAAAACGUACUAUUCCAGGUGUUUGCAUCAGUCAUGUAACUCUCAAAAGUGAGCUAAAUCCCCGAAACUGUGAAAAAUAUUGAGGUCGCCCAUUCAAGUAGUUCUUUGUUUGUUAGGGUCAUCACUAUGAGAUCUGAUCGUUUGACGGACGCCGAGUCCCAAAAGUCUUCAUACCCAAAGCUGAUACCCUGUCUCUUGAAAUGUUUAAGAGUGGCUAUAGGUCACGACACAGGAUUUUGUUCCUUCGAUGCUCAAGCGACUGCUAAAAAACUAUUAGGUACACGGCAAACCUCGGCUAUCCAGUAAACCGCCAACCAGAACUUUGGUCUCGAAACUCGAGACUUUAUUCUCGAGACUCGAGACACGAUAGUCGAAAGUUUGAGGAUCAAGACGUGAGUGAUUGUCAAGCGGUACUGUGAGUCGGCGUCAAGCUGAGGAAACGCGCUUGAUACGAAACGAAUGGCUUUGGGCCCGCACCUGAUUGGUUGCGAAAGUGGCGUGAGAUUUUUUAGCCAAUCGUAAUCCAGUUAAACUAAAUCAUAUUAAUUGGGAAACCACUCUUGUAGGGAGACGCUGCUUUCUGGUGGAACCUGAAACGCAGUGGGAUAGGAGAUGCCAGCACUAGACAUGCUGGGUGCCCUGUGUUGGUGGGCCAAAAAUGGGGUAAGCGCACACUUCCAAUGAUAUCAAAUUUGGGCAUGCGCAGUUAUCCAAAAUGACUAAUACUCUAGAAAGUACUGAGUUGUUAGUUUAAAUUUUGCGACACAUCAACAGACUCAAAAGUUAGAACCAUCUUAUACAGCAUAAUAAACCGCACAUCAUCAAAGAGAAAUGCUGAGUAGCUUUCAUUUGAAUUGCCACGGCACACUUUAGGAUUUUAUCGACAGGCUCAAAAAUAUGAAACAACCAUUCCUUUUUCUCAUAUGAUUUAAAAUUGAGAACUGAAAAAUGUACCUCUACGUGUCAACUUUACCCUCGUGAUAUCAUAUUUUUCUACUGUUACUUAAAUCACGGGAAGGUGCGUCCCAAACCCGAUGCAAUAACAACGGUCCCUUUUUUAAUGCGAGUAAAUUGUUGCCAGAUUAACUACCAGCCAUAGUUUAUUCCUUGAUAUUUUUUGCUGUAUUAAAUACUUGAUAUUUCCGUAUUUUUAGUGGCAAACAAGUGGAUCCACGAGCGAGGGCAAGAAUUCAGACGGCCGUGUGCCCUGUCUCGCCAUGAGUGAAACCGCUGGUCAGGGAAGCGCUCGGUUUCAAUAAAAGAGUUAAAAUAAAGUAAUAUAACCAAGCGCUUGAGACCUUUUCUGUAUUUCUGUGAACAAAAUCACCAACUUGAGGCUUGGUAUGACAGAAUCAUGAUACAGUGAUUUGUAUGAAACUGUCACCCAGGCCUCGGCCUCGUUUCGGUGAAUGCGCUCACUUGAGCGGACUGCAGGAAGGUCUGUUGUGUAGGAUUUAACCAUUUAGGUGUUAAGGUACGUUAAAAAACGGGCAACACAAACGUGCAACUUGUUUUGCAACAAUGCUGUAAGAGUAGUCGAAUAGCGAUAUAGCGCGUUUUACCACCCAUGAAUCAAACCUGUCUUGCAACAAAUCAGGUUGUUGCAGGUUCGAAAUGUUGUUGCAGAAAGCGCAGGGAAGUUCUCCUUUUUGAAACAAAAUAUGUACAUGUUGCGCGUUUUACUGGCCAAAGGCAAACUUGUUUUGCAGCAACUGAAGUAGCUCCUAUGUAUUGCGUGACUCCCGCGUAUUUUUAUCCAAUCAGAAGUUAGUAUUCUCGCUACUUGCAGCAGCCUGAUUUGUUACAAGCCAGGUUUGAACGUUGGUGGUAAAACGCACAACAUCGCUUUUUAAUUCGUUUUUUCUGCAAUGUUGCAAAACAAGUUGCAAGUUUUUGCUGCCCGGUUUGCCGUACCUUUAGACGUUUUGUUAGUAGGUUUCUAAUACUUCGUCUAUAAGGAGUCUGAAAACUAUGAACUGUCCGCUAAAAAUGUAAGAAAUCGUCAUAUUAUCAGAUUAAUAAUACUGAGAGAGUUGCUAUGUUUUGUGAUCUUUGUAUCUGGCAGUUCUAGAAUUUCCUUUAAUGGAAAUAAAUUUUAUAUCUUGC